AUGUGGUCAGUGUGUGCGAGCGUGCGUGUGUGGGUGGAGAUCAGAGCGGGCAGCUGUCUGUACCCUCAUCCCCAGGGCCCCCCGUACCCCAGAGGAGGGGCCGCUUUCCCGUCUCAGGGGGCCCCGAGGGCGCAGUCCUGCCCCGUGGCGGCAGGCAGAGGAGCUGGUCGGGGGGACCCGCCAGGAUUUGGUGCUGAGCCACCUGGGGGCUGCCUGGCUGUGGAUGCCCGUCAGGGCCCCCGGCUCAGGAGACAGGUCUGCCUGUGUGCUCAUUUGCAGCGGCUUGAUCUCCCUAAAAGGAGGGCUGGGGCGUCCAGGGGCCCCGUGUUGCAGGCAGCCUGGGCCCGGGAAGGGAGGCGCAGGUCACUCGUCAUGAUGUGCUUGGCUGGCAUCUUUUGGGAGGGGGGCUCGGGGAGGAGGUGA